AUGCACAGGACUCCCGGCCUCACAUGGAUUGCAGUGAAGGGGGCCAGGCAUCGGCAGCUGAACCUCAAGCAGGGUGAGGCCAAGGCUCAUCAGCCAUUCUUGUGGAGAUCAUAUGUGGCCCAAACAGAUGCUGAAAAAGAGGGCAUCGUUUACAAUGCCUGCAUCAGUGCGUGCGAGAAAGCUGGACAAUGGCAGCACGCUCUUGCCUUGUUUCACGAGAUGGAAGGUUGCAGAAUUCCUAGAUCAUCCAUCACCUACAAUGCCACCAUCAGUGCUUGCGAGAAGGGCCAUGAGUGGGAGCGUGCUUUAACAUUUGUGGCGGAAAUGGAGGCUUUGAAUGUAGACAGGUGUGCAAUCACUUACAACGCCUGCAUUGCAGCUUGUGACGAAGCAGGCCAGUGGCAGCAUGCCUUGCUGUUGCUUGCCGACAUGUCUCGCAACCAAUUGCAGAGUUGCGCCAUCACCUACCAUGCAUGCAUUAUGGCUUGUGAGAAGAGUUUGCAAUGGCGACGUGCUCUUAACUUCAUGUCGAAGAUGCAUGCCCAGCGUGUAGACUGGAAAAGCAAUACCUUGAAUGCAGCAAUCAGUGCGUGUGAGAGAAGUGGUCAAUGGCCUGCAGCUCAUCAAAAGUUUGGCAGCAGCUUCUACACGUGGUAUCACACUGGCCGCUGCAGCGAAGCUGAGCGUUGGAAAACAAUCCGUUGA